AUAAUUUUUUGGAAGCAAAUGCAGCUCACGGACAUGCUGCCCGCAUCCGUCCGACUCCACCAAUCCUCGGCAGCUAUAAAGGCCUCUUAGAGGCACUUAUCAUCUGCCGGUUUCUUCCCCCCAAUCACAACUCCGGCGCUCUUACUUCGACUGUGCUGCACUUCACCGAACUACACCCUACUCUUGUCCGUGUCUCCCCACAUGCGAUUUCUCUGUUUGAGUGCAUAUUAUCUGGCUGAGUAGUAGUUUUUCAUUGAACUGUGUUACUGGAUUUUUUUAAUUCAGUUCAGGCGUUCUCUACUACUUAAAUCGUAAUUAACUCAAAUCAGAAGGGUAACUCAACAUGUCGGCAGAUCCUCAGGCUACUUAUGUAGAUGAAGAUGGCUCUUCUGGCUCUGCUGAUGAUAUGACAAUGUUAGAUGGACAAGGUAAGCACCGAUCUGGAGUGCUAAACUCAGGCCGUCGCAAGAGGAGCCGCAAGGCAACGGGUGAUGCUAUAGUGGACGCCAUGUUGGAGAUUGCAGCUGCUUCCAAGGCGAGGGCAGCUGCAACUAUGAGAAACGAGGAGCGUUUCUCCAUAAGCAAAUGCAUAAAACUACUCGAUGAGAUGCAAGGUGUUGAUCAAAGCAUCUACUUCUAUGCGCUGGAUUUAUUUGAGAAUCCAGACGCAAGAGAAAUAUUUGUGUCUCUGAAGAAUGAGAGGCGAUUGAUGUGGCUGAGUGGGAAGUUUGCAGCGUCUUCGAAUUCGGCUUAGCUUGUAAUGUUAUAGAUUUCAGUUCUAAUUAACUUCAGGUAGUCUGAGUUUUUGAUAAAUUGAUUUGCUGUCCAUCAACUACAUUUGGAGAAUAGACCGUGGAGUUGCGUUAUAACUUGCAGCGGGUUUUUAGAGUUACUCCCUACGUCCCAUAGAGAGGUUCCCGUUACGGUUUACGAUGCUUGACUGACGAUAAAGCAACUUAAUCCCUGUUCACUCUCUGAUUGUAUUUAGUAUUUAAAAUUUACAUAUACAGAAACUACAUUAAAACCGCUACAAAGCAUGAUAAAAAAUUGUAGAUUUGAUAAAAAAAAUUAUAUAUAAAGCAAAAGAUUAAGAAUGAUUUAAAUUGACCAUGUGAACAGUGGACGAGAACCUUCUAAUGGGACGGAGAUGGUACUAUUUUUGAUACAUCGGAAAUUAACGGAGAUAGUACUAUAUUAGUAGCAUCUUGUUGCUGUUUUUCUUACAUUCUGUAGGACAAGAAAUUCUCCUGUUACUGUUAGACAUAACAUUAAAUUGUACCAAAUUGAUAAUAAUACAUUAUAGUAUUAUACUCCCUCUGUAUUU